AUGCCUUUCUUGUAUAACCCAGCAGGCCGGAGAACUCGUCGACGUUCAGGGGCUUACCUCGCACUCCUGCCUGCUAAGGCCUACACGCUUGACUGGGCACCUACCCUGGAGGCACUGAGUCCAUUACAGGUUCCUGCCAUAAGCCACCCACGCAUUGCAGACACACUGGGCCAGUGUUCCCAAAAACCACAAAGGUACCCGCAAUAUCGAUGCCAUGUUACAAAGCACCACGGCCCAGAGAGCAUCAACUACUCCAGAUCCAUAGGCAUGCUCCACGUGCUCUUACUUACCAGCGGAAACACCAGCCGAUCUUGUUUCUCCCCAACAAUCUCUACAGCAGGGUCAGAUGGAGAUGCACGGAAUCUCGCCAUCAAGGAGGAUAUCAGCAACAUUAUGCUGGACAGAAGUUCAGGCUGUGACAGCCUGGACACAAGCAUCUGA